GGCUAAACCUCAACCAUUCGGUUUCGUCGACCCGCUAUUCUACUCUGACCUCGCGCAUCGCGACGAUCGAAUUUCUCGUCCCCGUACUCGUUGCAAGUUUGACGUUUUACAUUGCCCCGACCACAAACUCCAAUUUGUGUAAAUGAUACUUCGAUUCAACUUGAUUAGAAGAGAUCACGAGCCGUAAAAUCGAGGAGAAACUAUGCACUAAUUGCGCGCCCAAUAAUUGUAGGGGUUGAUCAUUCAUCGGGUGAUACACAGAAUAAUGCACGUGUACGAAAUUAAAUGACAGACAUUAUUUUCCAAGUUAUUUACAUACUCGUCGGUGUGCUGUAAAAGAAUUCGUUGUCAUCGUUGAAUCUUUUUUUCUUUCCAAACGAUUGCACCGUGCGCUUCUAAUCCAACGGACGAGGAUCAGGCGAUCAUCAGCCAUCUCGAGAUCUAUUUAAUCGAUCCAUCUGAUAUUAACACAAUCGAAGAGCCUAUUUCAGAGACCGUCAUUCGAAUCUUCAUAAUUUAUUAAAAAUAGUAUAUCGAAAUUUUUUUUAAGUGCAUUUGAUAUAUUAAAAUUUCACCAAGAUGAAGAACUGAUUUUCGACGAAUCGCCCAGCGGGCGGCGCUAAGAAAUUGGUUGGUCCACAUCGUGAAUCACGAUGAAUCACGAUGGUGGCUUUUCUAUCGCACGAUCCUGUUCGUUCCCGUCGAAAAUCCGUGGUUGUCGUUGCGUACCGGGAUACGAGAUGAAUCGCGAGGAUACAUCGAGUCGAAGUGAGCGCGGAUGAAGUGAUUAGACGAAGACUCGAGGAUUUACUAUAUACCUCGCGGACCAACUUGGUCUUUUGAGAACGAACGAAGGGAUCAGGAUGCGGUGGAUCGGUUAUAUGGCCACGAUUCUCUGGUGGUCGGGCAUCGCCAGGUCUCUCAGCACGCUGAAUCGAGGUCACAGUUACAAAAUCAGUCCAAAACCCUGUAAAGUGCCUGGUUCGGAGAGCAAAGAAGGCACGUGCAUGUUCGUGUGGGAGUGCAUCAAGUCCGAGGGAACGCACGUGGGCGUGUGUGUGGACACAUUCAUGUUCGGCAGUUGUUGCGUCCACAACACGACGGUAAACACGAUAAGUGCGUCUCACCAUCCUCAACGGCAGCAGCAGGAACAGCAACAGCACGGCAAUACAACUACGAGUACACUCAGGCCAAUUCUGUUUGGCUCGGUGUCAAAUGAGACCACCAGAUUGACCACGUCGACCUCCUCUCUCUCGAGUUGGAGCGCAGGAUCGAGCACCAUGAAACCGAAUUUCCAUCAACUUUCAGGGUCUCAAAGUUCGACCAGACCGUUAAAACCGUAUUCGCACGCGAGACCUCUGCAGAAGAGGCCGCACGCGAAACCGACGUCCGAGCACGACGUUGACAGGCUGCAGACCCCCGCGGUGUCUGCCUCCGCAUCCUCUCUGAGCACGUGGACGGAAGAUAAGCCGCAAGAAACAAAAAGACCCGGAAGUCAUCACGGUAGUCACUCUCAUCAUCAGAAGACGAGACCGAACGAGGGAGUCACGAGCGAGAAACCUUUGUCCGUUCAAAGUCAAUUGGACUUCAAGGACAAACUGGAGACCCAUAAUACACUAAUAGUACGUUUGCCGGGAAAGGAGCACGCGGAUGACGAGGUCGCUGGCUUGAGCAAGCCGGCCAAACCGGGUAAACCGAACAACCAGAGACCAUCUGAAUCGAGACCGGAUGAUGGGAAGACCGGCGACAUCGAUCUCAACGUGCAGGAGACGAUAAAUCGGCCGAAUGUCAAUUCCGUCAUUGAAAACCAGGAAACAGCGAAAGAGCCCUAUCCGAAUUUGAAUUUCAUACACACUGAACGACCACAUUGGGCAACCAAGCCAGUACAAUCGAAACCAUCAUCGACGGAUUUCUCGAAGCCGUUUUUUUCGGUCAAAACGACUACUUAUCGACCGAUCUCGAUAAGUGGUCAGGCAGAUCAAAGACCGAAUUUUAUCUCAAAACCGAACAUCUGGACGCUGUCUACGAAAACAUCGACGACAACGACCACCAGACCAAUUUACGUCAAGCAACCUUCCACCAGCGCAGCCGGAUCCAUAUCACAAACUUCUCAUUGGCAAGUAACUACAGAACCGGUCUUCGUCACAAAACAGAAACCAUCGUCAUUAUCCUCAUCGUCAUCUUCACCAUCGUCGUUCUCGUCAAUAUCGUCAUUUUCAUCAUCCUUGUUUCCGUCGUCAUUGUCAUCGUCAUCAUCCAAACCAAUGACCACAAUUACUGUAUCAGAGACUGUACGUAUACCGUCUUCAAGUACGAACUCUCAUUUCUGGUCAAACAGCUGGACGCCACCAAGGCCGUCCUUGAAACCGCACUGGACAGACAGUCCUGCUCUUCUUCAGAACGGACCGGAAAGUUUUCCAUCGCGACCGAGCUUCAAGCCGACCGAGUCGCUACAAAGCACCGAAUAUCAGAAGCCCCUGGGUUCGGCACACUACAUAACGACGUCCCAUUUGGAAACAUCAACUAGGCCGCGACCAACGAAGAAAACCACAAUGCUGAGCACAACGACACCGACUACAUUAAUGUCGACAACCAUUCGCACUACAAUUAACCCGACGACUGCGAUAAUGACAGUAACUAUCGCGGGGAGUAGCACAAUCAGUGCUAGCUCCACGAAUGCCGUCACUAUGCAAGGCUCGACUGAUCGCGAGGAAGCGACAGUGGCGAGCGAGAAGGGAACGGGUUCGGUGAUGACGGUCGCAGCCGCCAACGAGAGUAAGAAUAUGCAAUGCGGAAUACCGCCGUUAUUUCCACGACCAGAGACACGGAUUGUCGGCGGUAAAGAUGCGCCAUUCGGCCGAUGGCCUUGGCAAGUGUCCGUACGUAGGACAUCCUUUUUUGGCUUCUCGAGCACUCACCGGUGUGGCGGUGCAGUGCUUAACGAGAAUUGGAUUGCCACCGCGGGUCAUUGCGUCGACGAUUUGCUGACAUCGCAAAUACGGAUACGGGUUGGCGAGUAUGACUUCUCGUCGGUCCAAGAGCGAUUGCCCUACGUGGAACGUGGCGUUGCCAAGAAGGUUGUGCAUCCCAAAUACAACUUUUUCACAUACGAAUAUGAUUUGGCACUGGUACGACUCGAAAGCUCUUUGACAUUCGCGGCGCACAUUUCGCCCAUUUGUUUGCCAGCCACAGACGAUCUCCUAAUCGGGGAAAACGCAACGGUGACGGGUUGGGGAAGAUUGAGCGAAGGUGGAACACUACCCUCAGUGUUACAAGAGGUUUCCGUGCCGAUAGUAAGUAACGACAGAUGCAAAUCAAUGUUUUUAAGAGCCGGCAGACACGAGUUUAUACCAGACAUCUUUCUUUGCGCUGGUUACGAGACCGGCGGACAAGAUUCGUGUCAGGGUGACUCCGGAGGCCCUCUCCAAGUACGCGGAAAGGACGGCAGAUAUUUUCUGGCCGGUAUCAUAUCAUGGGGGAUCGGAUGCGCGGAAGCCAACUUACCGGGCGUCUGCACGCGGAUUUCCAAAUUUGUAUCGUGGAUUUUGAAAAACGUCACCUGAUCUACUC